UUGCGUGAUUUUCGUAUGUCCUUAGAAAUCCUUCACUGACGCGGGUGGGAAGCCUGUGUUCAGACUAGGCCCUCGAGGCUUGAAGGCGCGAAUCUGCGGACAUGUUUGAAGGCAUUCACAUCUUCCCGCCACGGUGUUUUGAUGUGAUUGGUUGAACGUGAUAAGUGAUGCGCUCUGAUUGGUUAGAGGUGAGAAAGGCGCGUAACUCAAAAUUCUUUCAGUGCUGCACGUCUUUUCAUUCUGCUGUGAUCUUUUGUACGAUCAGGUUCUUGAUUGUCAAAGAUGACUUUCUACAUGAAAAAACAUUCGUUUUUUGACUCCAAGCGCAUUCCUUCUUCGAUUGCCGAAUUGGAGAGAUACAAGAGUUUCUUCACCAACUUAAAUGAGACCAGCCAUAGUGGAAUUUCGAUCAAAAAAGCGAAAAUUGGGCAAAGCCCCGACUCGAUCCGAAGUCUUGCUUCUUGUUCAAGCUUCUCUUUCACCGACGAAGUAUCUUCGAACGCAUCAUCUUCGUUUUCAAGCGAGGAAGAAAGCCCGGGUUUCAAGCGUUUCCCUGGAAAAAUUUCAAGUUUCUUCGAACACACAAAGAGAAUCCUGAAAACCCCACAAAAGACCCCACAAAAACGCACCAGCCCCCGGAAACCCUUAAAGCCCAUGAAAAGCGUGAACCGAAGUGACCCGGAUUUUAGAGGGGUAACUCUGCAGAUGAAAACAACCGUGAAAAAGGACGCGAAGGACGAGAAACCUAAGGCUCAGUUGGUCAUUGAUUGCUGCUACAGUGCGAAGAAGAGAAGGUCCGCUGAAUCUAGGGAAAGAAAGCGAAGUCGCUCAACUUCUCCCCGUAUAAACCCUGUCCUAUACAAGCUAAAUAGCUCUCCUAGCUAUUUUAGUGGCGAGGUGACAUUCGACCACGAGCUUGGCGUGGCCCCCCUGAACAUCGAGAAGGAGUGUGCGUCAUGUGGAGUUGCCAAGACCCCUCUGUGGCGAGACGCCGAAGACGGCACCCCGCUCUGUAACGCGUGCGGGAUUCGCUACAAGAAGUACCGCAUCCGGUGCUUACGCUGCUGGUAUAUCCCCAAGAAGGAGGAGAAGGCACUGCCCUGCUGUCCAUGCUGUGGCCACACCUUUCGUGUAACCCUAACUAGAAAAGGUAGCACAACUAGCAUCAGCGAGUAGAAACUCCCCUUUAAAUGAAGCGGUAGGACAACUUGAAAUGACAAUCUUCGCAUUAUCAAUAAGAUUUUUGUAAAAUUCGCCUUUUUUCUAUAUAUUUUGUCAAAACAAAGAUAGUUUCUAUUGGUUCUGCGGGAAAAUGUAUUUUAAGUGUCCUUAUUGGAAUCUUACCAACAAAUUUCUAGGGGUAUACUGGGUGGAGUUAUUGGAAGGUUAUUUGUAUAUAGCGUUUCUUGGUGCAAUAAUUGUUUGAGCUGAGCUUUGAGUAUUCAAGGUAAGGCUCUGGAUGUUUAAGGAGGGUCAUGUGGAAGUUAUUUAAAGGAAUCCUGACUUUACAAAGUUGAGAAUAUAAAGUUGUAGAAGCUGUAAGAGGUUUGCAUAGGGGAGAAGGCGUAGUGAUUUGAUUAUCCCUUCAAGUAGAACUUAGAAAACUUAGAAAGGUUAGGGUAAAUGUGCCACAUUUUUUACGUUUUACAAACUCUGUAACGUUCAAAACAUUUCGGUAAUUAUACUUGUUCAUUUUAAAAUGACUUUACAGAAGUUAAAAAUCACUAUUGUCCUUAAACAUUUUAUAAUGUUCUGGUUUACUUUAGCGCGUAGACUUGGUUGUAAAUAUUUCUUCGUAUUAUUCAGACUUGGAGGUAAACUACUGUUAAACUAACAUCAAGCGUCAAACGAGAGUGUAGCAGUUUCGUCGCUAUUUCCCCUUUAUUUUUUGCACCCUUUGUCUAAUAUGGUGCGAGAAAAAGUACGGUUCGGCGUUUUAACAUAGCCAACAACUCUUGUCCCUCCAUAGAUUCGAAUAAAUGUUAAUAUGUGAAAGAAAAGAAUGGCCUUGUUAGUGAUAUUAUAAAUGAUUUUAGCUUUCGAGUAUAGUUUAGAGAUGGUACUGUAAUGUUUUAGGAACUUGAUUAUGUAUAGAAAUGUGAUGAGUCUAAGAAAUCGUUAGUAAAAAGGCCACUAAAAAAGGAUCAAUAAAAAGAAGAUCAACCAAA